AUGAUCUCUUCUCCUGUUACUCUUCAUUACUUCGAUAUUGAAGGCAAGCCAUCCACCUCUGCUUUGGGUGAAAACUUGAAUUUGUUAUUAAAGGACUCUGGUAUUGAAUACACUUACCUUCGCCACAAACGUGAUGAAUGGGCACCUAUCAAAGAAGAUAUUUCCAAAAAGGUGAAUCAUCCUACUAUGCCUUUCAUUGAAUUGGAUGGAAAAGUGUACAACAAGACAGUUCCUACCAUGCGUUAUUUAUGCAAGAAGUUGGGAAAAUACCUUCCUGCCAAUGAUGAUGAUCUAUAUACUGUGGAAGUAGUUGCUGAUGUCGUUCGUGAUCAUUAUGGUACCACGAUGCCCGUAUUCCGAUGUGAAGAUGAAGAAAAACUGAAAGAACAUUUUGAAAGGGAUACCACCAAAUACUUGAAUGCUUAUGAAUCCAUCUAUCAACAUAAGGAAGGUCCUUAUAUCUUGGGUGAAGAAAUUACUUAUGCCGAUUUCCUUGUUUAUCAUGUUAUCCAAGAUGACAAUGCCUUAAAACACGUCCAAGGUUACCCUCAUGUGGCCAAGUUUGUUGAAACCUUCUCCCAACGUCCUAAUCUUGCUGAAUAUAUUGCUUCUUUGGCCCAAUAG